ACCAACGGCACCGACACGCAGGUGUUGACAGCGUCGCGGGAAGGCGUGCAGCUCUUUGCCUCAUUCAAUAAGAUCACGAGUGCGCCAAUCACAUCCGGCCGUCGCGUGGCGCUUGUGUACGCCUUGACGUGCGACGCGCAGUCGUGGGUGCCGCCAGUGACCCGAGAUGACGUCAUCGAAGCUUUUGCAACGAUCGCCCAAGACCCACCGGAUGAUGCUUGGCACAUUGCGCGCGCGAUGGAUGCGGACUCGGUCUCGUUCUCGUUCGAGGGCCUUGGGCGCGUCGACAAGGCGCUCGUCGGCGUGCUUGCUGCCACAGGCGGCUACGACGUUACGCUUGUCGGCUUCAAGACGUAUCGCGACGUAUACGAUUCCGAUGACGCCGACGAAUACGACUGGACGUCGGACGCGGCGCUAUACGAAAACGAAAUCAUCCGCAUCCCGUUCAGAGAAUCGGGAAGCGCCCUCGACGUCGUCGUCCCGGGCCUCUUGGACCAGAGCGCCCACCACUUCCUCGGCCGCAAGCGCGUAGAUGACGACUACGGGCUCAAGUGCCCCAUGGCUGCGAUUCUCUUUUGGCCCAAGCGCUUCCGCGUCACGAUCGCACGCCCGUCGGGCGUCGUGUCUCUGCUGAAAGCGGCCAUCGAAGACGGCAAGCUGGACGACCUCGGCCUCGGACUUCACGACUUCGUGCUCGGUGCGCUCACAACAUUCGACGACAACACGAGCACGGCCCUCGAUGCCGAUGCGAUGGGGCGUCUCUUGCUCCAGUACAAGGACGUCGAGCUCGUCAAGCGCUUCCUUCGGGAUACGCUGCCCCUUUCUAUCUCUGACAAAACCAACACGGCGCGAUGCAUCUACGAGAGCUUGGACACCUUUGGCUGGCCGACGCUACUGCCCUCAAUCCAAAGUCUUCUGGCGCGCGCAGCCAAAGAUUUUGGAGGCUUCAGUGCAAUCUGCCCCCUACUUGCUAGCUUGGCGGGCCUCCCCUCGGAGCGUGACGCCGUGUGUCCGCCGUUGCGCCAGCCGUACACUGGUGAGUUUCUCAAGGCCUGUUGGCAGGCAGCUGUCCUGGAGCCCGCUUUCCGGCCGGGUGCCCACCCGACCCAGUACUCAAUUCUCUUGGAUUGGUACUUUGACGCUGUGCUACCGGCGCGCCCAAACGACAACUACCUCGGCAAGUGGCUACCAGCUCCGCUGCUCUUGCUUGUCGACAGCUUUGCGUAUACGCGCGUCGUUGGCUCGCACUCGGCGCUCUCAGCGGCUCUACCGCCGUGGGAUCAAUUGAGGUAUCUUCCCAGGGCCUUGUUGGCGGCCACUCAGUGCCAGCCAUCGCUACCUCGAGCUCCGUACAUCACCGCGGUCACGACCGCCAUGAGCCUCAAGGCCAUGCGCGGUUCUUUGAGCGCUCAUGAGACUGCGACGCUGCUGCAGUACUUGGAUGUCGUCGGCUGCGUCGAUGCAAACCUCGUAGCAAUGUGCCCAGCCUUGUCAGGUGGUAUCGGCAACUUUCUUUGGGGCGUCCUCGAGUUCGUCAAGCGCGCGCCUCCACCGGCGGCAACUGCGGCUCUUAUGAUGCGCUUUCUGCUCGAUUUGGCGCCGACGGUUCCGUGCACGCGCCGCGAUUAUUCUGGCAACAAUGUCCCAAUGAUUGACGCACUCGCCGAUCUUAUCAGUGCCCUCGCGAUGCUUUCGCCUGAAGCGGCGCUGCAGUGCGCGGCCGCCUGGCGCUCGGGGCUACCUCCGACACUCGACGCCGUCCGUGACAUCCUCUACCCCUUAGUCGAGAAGCUACAGCGCCAGGAGUCGGAUGUCCGCUUCCGUGAGCUGCUCGCGUACUUGGCCACCGAGUGCCGGGCAACUUUGGUCGAUGGCGGCGCGCUCGCUCCGCUGCCUGCCUUUAAGGACUACGCUAUCGCCGAUGCCAUUGAUAUGGACGCGACACACUGCGACCAGUGCGUUGCCUUUGUCCGCUUCCUUUGCACGGGCAACGCUACCGCAAUGAUCUACUGCAACUCCGACUGCAGCAAGAUCAAGGCCGUUGUCGCCCGGCACCCGCACCGGCUCAUCUUGACCCGCCAGGACAAUGGCUAUUCGUCGUACCUGGAGCUGCGCAAGCAGACGUGGCCCGGCAUGGCGUCAGCGGACGACGCAGCAGCGCAUCUGCGUCGCGAAGACGAGCGCCGCCAGGACGAGCAGCGUGUCAAGAAACUCACGGCGCUGCUCGCCGACCUCGCGCCUAAAGUCUCGGGCUCGAAGCGACGCAUGGAAGAUGCGUAAUUUGACUAUGAAUUUGUGCUGGUCGAGCUUUGUUGAGACCUAAUAACGAGGGAAUUCCACCAUGCUCAAUGUUCGAGUGGGGCAAUACCGGUAGACGACUCGCCUGACUGCUGACCAUUGGGAGUGGCGAGGCGGGUUAGCAAC